AUAUAUUCAAAAACCUCCCAAAUUCUUGCGCAUUAAUCUUACGUUUCAGUCAUGCUCUCUACCAUUCGAUCUCUCCGGCUCCACAGCCGUCUCCUGUCCCUCCACGGCGGCAUCAAACGCCUUCCUAUGGUUGCCGCCGAAGCUCUCCUAUCGGUUUACUAUUCCUACUGUAAUCUCUCCCCAUGCACCGUCGACCUCGACGAUUGCCAAACCUCAAUGCACAUAUGGGCGGCGAACCACCGCCGCUGCAACAAGCCAAACCUCGUUCUCGUCCAUGGCUACGGCGGUAACUCCAAGUGGCAAUUCAUAUUGCAGGUAGCUCAAUUGACUCGUGAUUUCAAUGUUUACAUACCAGAUCUAGUGUUUUUCGGCAAAUCGUACUCGACGAGGACGGAGCGUACGGAGGAGUUUCAGGCGAAGUGCGUGUGCGAUGGAAUGAAGAAAUUGGGAGUUGAAAGAUUCUCGGUGUAUGGAAUUAGUUACGGAGGAUUUGUGGUGUAUCGGAUGGCGGAGAUGGAGGAGAAGAUGGUGGAGAAGGUGGUGAUUGUGAGCAGUGGAAUUGUGUAUACGGAGGAGCAGAAAUCGGAGUAUCUGGAGAAGAUAGGGCGGAAUGUGGUGGAGAUUUUGGUACCGGAGAAACCAGAAGAAAUACGAACGCUGUGCAGAUUGUCUAUGUAUAAAUCUGAUAUUGGAAAGUGGUUUCCUGAUUUCUUCCUUCGUGGAUUCAUUGCUGCAGAUAGAUGGAGGAAGGAAAGACAAGAACUGAUUGAGAAUUUGCUUUCGAAGAAACCUGAUCCUCAUCUUCCUGUUCUUACCCAGGAAACACUUAUAAUAUGGGGAGAGAAAGACAAUAUCUUCCCGAUUCAGUUGGGACAUCAACUACAUAGGCACUUGGGUCCGAAGUCAAAGCUAAAGAUAAUUAAGGACGUAGGGCACGCUGCAAAUGUCGAAGCUCCAAAUUCACUCAACGAAUUGAUUACAUCGUUUGUAUUAAGUGGUCGUUCCUAGUUUUAAUUAAUUAAUUUAUUUUCUUAGAUUUACAUAUAAUUAUUUUGUUGUUUAUAAAUUGUUAUUCAUAUCAUAUUGUGAAUUUGUAAUGUUGUAAAGUCGACGUACUCGGUACUCAUCAUACCAACAAACACCAUUACUUGGCAAAACUAUGACUGAAAUAUAUAAAAAGAAGAAUAAAUUAUAUA